AUGAUCAAUGCCACGAUUUUAAGCAUGUUUUCUUUAUCAGGAUUGAAUGACAUGACAACAAAGCACAGAGUUACUCUUUUUUCUUUUACCUUAUUGUGUUACUGUGUUAUUUUACUAGUAAACAGUGCUCUUAUUGUUACUAUCACAUUAGAGGAAAAACUUCAUGAACCCAUGUACAUCUUCCUGUGUAAUCUGUGCAUUAAUAGUCUUUAUGGAACAGCAGCCUUUUACCCAAAAUUCCUUUCUGAUCUAUUGUCCAACUCUCAUGUCAUAUCUUAUACUGGUUGCCUGUUGCAGGUCUUUGUUAUAUACUCCUAUGCAGCAACUGAUUUUUCUAUUCUAGCUCUAAUGGCCUACGACCGAUAUGUGGCUAUAUGUCGACCGCUGGAGUAUCACUCUGUCAUGACUAAACACAGGGUUAUUUGGCUGGUGUGUUUCUCCAGACUUGUUUCUUUGCUCUGCCAGGCUAUUGUGAUGAUAAUGACCUCUAAACUUGAAUUAUGUGGCUCUCACAUAGAAAAACUUUAUUGUGAGAAUUGGUCAAUCCUUAAACUUUCCUGCAGUUCAAUAACAAUAAAUAACAUAGUUGGAUUUAUUGUUAUAUUUUUCUAUUUUGGGCAUGACCUCUUCAUUGUGUGUUCAUAUGUGCAGCUGGUAAAGUCAGCUUUAAAAUCCAGAGAGGGCAGGAAAAAGUUUACUCAGACAUGUUUGCCACAUUUACUGUGUUUGCUUAAUGUCACAACUGCUCUGCUUUUCGACCUCAUGUACACGCGAUAUGGAUCAGCAUCUGUGCCACAGAGUGUAAAGAACUUCAUGGCCAUCCAGUUUCUUAUACUUCCACCUCUGCUCAACCCUAUUAUUUAUGGACUUAAACUGACUCAGGUUCGCAACAGUGUUUUACGUUUAUGUCGAUGCAGAAAACAGGUCAAGGGAUUAGGCUGA